AUGGGACAAGCGCCCUCCGGUCAGAUGAUGAGGGCGCAUGCAGAGAGUUUGAGGAAGAGGAACCCCUCAGGCCUAGCCUCGGGCCAUCAAAAAAGAAAGCGGGGGGAUCCUAAAGUGGUGGAGGUCGACCCCUUGUCCUUCAGUCUGCCUGUAAUUCACGAGCUGUUCUCCAUCGACGAACUCCUGAAGGAGGGAUACGAAGAUCAAGGGCCAGGAGUGGGCCAGUUCGAGGGCGUUCCCGAGGGUCACGCUCUGCUCACGUUCGACCCUCCACGGGUCGAAUGCGUGGACCUGCCCGCCACAGAGGUGCCGCGACUGGAGGACGGCAUGAGACAGGCAGUGCAAGCAGUGAACUCCUUCGUGACCGUGUGCACGGACUUGGAGAGGCAGCUGACCUCGGCCAGGAGGAAGGUUGCCAGCGAGGCCAGCAAAGCUGGGGAGGCUGAGGCGCGGCUCCAGGCCUUGGAAGAGAACCAGAGGCGACUGGAGGAAGACAUCUCUAGAAUGAGAGGGCAGCUCGAAGGCAUGGAACUGACCCACAGUCUCCAAAUCGAGAGCCUCCAGGCGACGAGCGUCCCCAAGUCCCGCCUGGAUGCGUACAUUCUCGCGGGAGUAUAG